AUGAGGUUACAAAGACAGAUCUGGAAGCACCAGAAUGAGAUAACAUUUAACAACGACGGACCUACAGACGAACAGACAACAAAGUUAGGGUAUGGAAAGUCAAUGAACUUUCAUGUUGGAGCUCUGGAUGUCCCUCAAAGUUCCAGAAUGCAGAGAGCUUCCCCAACUGAUAAAUAUCCUGAUCCAAGUCUUAGAGAAGAAUCAGCGAUUAUUGAUCUCGGAAAGAGCGAAUCACCCGUUGUUUGGAGGUCAAAGUAG